CCGGGGAGGCAGGGGUUCAGCCUGCGCGUCUGGGAAAGGGGCUCACCCCGAACGCCUGGCCCCCGAGGCGGCCGCCUGGGCCCGUCCCCUCACGCGCUCGCCGCGCUUCUGCGCCCGGGCCCGGGAGGCGCGGGGUCCGCGGCGGCCCCUUCCUGGCGGGCGCUCGGGCUGGCAGGCGCCGUCCGCCCGCGGGGUCUCUGGGCUCCGCGCUGGCCGCAGGGCGCCGAGGCGCCUCUGGAGGGGGCGGUUCGCUGGAGUCGGAGAGCCCGGGGCCGCCCAGGAACUCGGGCGCGGACGGCGAGCGCUUCCUCCGGGCCGGCCGCCCGCACCAUGCGGCCCCUGCUGUGCGCGCUGGCCGGGCUCGUCCUGCUCCGCGCCGCGGGCGCCUCGGCCGCUGCCGAACCCUUCAAUCCCUCCCAAGGAGACCCAGCUUGGAACACAGGGUGUGACAGACACAUGGCUGUCCAAAGCCAUUUAGACGUCAUCGAGGAGACGGUGGAGAAGACGGUGGAGCACCUAGAAGCGGAGGUGAAAGGCCUCCUGGGCCUGCUGGAGGAGCUGGCCUGGAACCUACCCCCGGGACCCUUCAGCCCAACCCCCGACCUCCUUGGAGACGAUGGCUUCUGAGCACCGGAGGUGGGAGAGCCCAGCAGCUGGAGGCAACACUCCUGCAGGACAGCGUCCCUCUGAGAACAGAGCCCUGUCUCCUCGCUUUCCUCCCCAGAUUUGUGUGAAAUAAAAGCUACUCCUUUGGUCCUCUCUGUCUGCUGACAGAAGGACCCCUAUGACCACA